AGGUGAGGCCAUGUUUCGCUCUCGGCGGCUUCUGGAGAUGAAGGACCCGCGGGAACCGGCGCGCACGAAGGAGGCCGGAGAGCGGCAGGAGAGAGGAGUACAAACCGAGUGCAACCCCAGAGGUGAUCCCAGCCAGUCUCAAUGAAGUUGAGAUCAGGGCUGUGUAGAGGCCAUACCAUCUGUUGCAGAACUCCCUAUUCUUUUUGCUGAAGGGUUGAGUCCUAGGCUUUCAGAAGUAAACCUUUUCACUCUUCUGAGUCUGUGGAUGGAACUUUUUCCAAAUGACAAGCAAAAGCCAACUCAGCUUGUAUCCCUAGGGAAAAUCCCUAUUAAAACUGCUGAGGAUGGUUCAACCAUGGAAAACUGUGAGGAAUUCCUUCAAAACUGCAUCCUUCCAGAGAAGAAAUGGCCUUGUUGUUGUGCACAGUUCAAAAAUUAUUGGGCUACACUGUUCAAGCAUGGAUCUGCAUGUCGGCCAAAUUGCUGUUAUUAAACAUGGAUCCAGACUGAAGGAAUGUGAUCUCUACUUCUCAAGGAAGCCAUGCUCAACCUGCUUAAAGAUGGUUUUAAAUGCUGGAGUCAGCCGAAUUUCAUAUUGGCCUGGAGAUCCAGAAAUAAGUCUGGCUGAGGACAAGGUUAUGAAUAGUUGCUACUCAGAUGCAAAGUUAGAUGCUAAAGCUGUGGAAAGACUCAAGUCCAAUAGUCGAGCUCGUGUCUGCACCUUGCUUCAACCUCUGGCUUACAAUAUGCUUCAAUACGUAGAAGAAACUUCAAGAAAGUGUGAGUUUUUCCAAAGCAUGAAUGCCAAGGACUCUGAUUUUAAACACAGGGACAGUUUUACUGAAUGCAGAAGAAAUAGAUUGCGGGAAUUUGAGAAAUUAUUCUUGAUUGCUGAUAGUGACACCCACAAAGAAAUCUUAAAGACUGUUGGCUUAGAGAAUGUGUGUGAUGAUGUUCAUUUUAUUAAUUUGAGGCAUAAAAUGGAGGAGCUUGUUUAUCUGUUAGCAACCAUCGACUGUAGCGUUCCAAUGUCUGGAAUAUUUAUUUCUGAUGAUAGUGCAUCCGAAGAGCACACAAACAAUGACUUUCAGAAUUUUGCAAGGCACUGCAUGGUUCAAGCCAGGUUAUUGGCAUAUCGGACAGAGGAUCAAAAGAUUGGUGUUGGGGCAGUGAUCUGGGCAGAAGGAAAGUCAAGUAAUUGUGAUGCAACAGGAGCAAGGUAUCUGAUUGGAUGUGGUUAUAACGCCUAUCCAACAGGGUCAGAAUAUGCAGACUUCCCUCAGAUGGAUGAAAAGCAGCAGAAAGACAGAGAAGCCAGGAAGUUUCGGUACAUUGUACAUGCUGAACAAAAUGCUUUAACUUUCCGAUGUCAGGAUAUUAAAGAAGAUGAGAAAACCAUGAUAUUUGUUACCAAAUGCCCAUGUGAUGAAUGUAUACCCUUAAUAAAUAGUGCUGGUAUCAAACAGAUAUAUACAGGUGACCUUGAUGCUGGGAAAGUAAAAGCUGAUAUAUCCUAUCAGAAAUUCUCUGGUCUACAGGGAGUGAAGAAGUUUACGUGGCAGAAAAAUCCAGCCCACAGUAUUUUAGAAUCAGGUGUCCAAACUGUUCACAUGAAAAGUGAACCAACCAAGCUGCCCAUAUUCGAGAGCAGCGUUGCCUCAAAAAUUGUGAAUGCAUGCACAAUGAGAUCAAGCUGUGAACCAGAGCUGCAUUGCAAGCCCUCGGUACAGGGACACUCUCCAAGUACAGAGGAUCCCCAUUUUCCCUUGGCCAAAGGUGACCUGAAGAGGCCUCUGAUAGCUGUUCAGCCAGAGCCCCAAAUUGACGAGCUAUUAAACUUGGAGCUCAGCGAGCCUGCUUUCAAACGGAGGGUGGUGGAACAUCAGUGCUACCUACAGAGUCUCAUGACCUCAUUAGCUACUGUAAUGAAUGAUGUGGUCUGUGGGAUGGAAAAGAUCAAGUCAAGUCUGAAUACUUCCAUGUCUGAUGUCCACAGUGUACUAGACCAUCAUCUGAGUGCAUUGCAGUCCAGCAGAGAGUCAGUGUCAUCUCAGACAGCUUUCACACAGGGUCUGAGCUGCAUUGGGGCAGCACUUCAGACAGCCCUCAGUGCCGCUUUAUCUGACAUGAGUUCUAAAGUGCAAGAAGGUCUACAAAUAGGAUUUGAAAGCCUUGGAGAAAAAGUACAGUCAGCUAUAAGGAUGGGAUUUGCUGAUUUGGUAAAGGAACAUGCCUCUGCUCACCAAUGCCUAUGUAGAAGCCAGGGUGGAGAAAUCCUAUUCAACAGAGGGGUCAAUAGCCCUUCACAGGAGGAGGGAAUUCUUAACAGUGGCCUGUCUCUUUCAUCAUCCCAUCCCAGUCAGCUUUCGUCUGGUUCCUUGCUGGAAAGCAGUAGUCCCUCUAUGGCGAUGCUAGCACCUGGAGGUAGGAAUCUAGAGAAACUGCAAUAAGGAGGGAAGUAAAGAUUUCUGAUACACAAGGAAUAACUAGGAUACCUGAGAACACUAUUGAAUUAAAUAAAAUAGACAUGAGGCGCCUGGAAUAUAAUUCUGCAGAAGAAAGUGAUCUUAACCAUAUUGUUGUGUGGCAUUAACCACAAACCAGUUAAUCGAACUGUAUUCUAUUUAUAGUAUAACAAUGGUUAAGUUAAUAUAACAUUUAUUAAUGGUCCUUUUAUAUUACAGUAGCUUUCCUAGAAGAUUCUAGGGUGACUACUUGCUGUAUCAUCUCCAACCUCUAUCAAAAAUCAAACUACUGUUAGAACUCAGUGGGUCAGGCAGCAUCUGUGGACAUAGAGGGAUGAGACUGCAGUUCUGAUGCCUGUGUUCUCCAGUAGAUUGUUUCUCCCUCCUUAUUAUAUAAUCUGCAAUCACUUGUAUCUACGAUCUUUAUCAGUUCUGUUGUAGCUGUGGAACCCAGCGAGUCCUUACUCCACACAUUUUCACAAUUUCCUAGUCUAAUUAGCACAUUCAGAUUUUUACAUUUACUCUGUCCCUCAGUACAAUUCUUCACAAUGAUCACAUCUGACCACAAGAUGCAAGUACUUACUUCAAUACUUUAGGGUUAGCUUCUUCACCUGUGCAGAACUUCCAUAUGUCUACAUAUCCUGGUAAAUCUAUGUAGCAUUCAAGCAAAACCAUCUCUUUCUAUGUUUUAUUCAGUUAAGGAACAACAGCAGUAUUGACACAUGGAAUUUCCAACUGUGACCGAUUUUAAUUAUGGCUUAAAAGUAGUCUCUGAAGUCCCUAGGAUGCUGUGGCUGUGCUUGACUAUGGAAGGCUAUGGACCUUAUGCAGGUAACUGGGUUGAGUGUAGCUGAGUAUGACAGUUGGUGCCGACAUAGAUAUAGGUCCUUCAGUGCAUCAUGCUUUAUGAUCCCAUGACUCUGAAACAACUGAAUAAACUUAGUGAACAGACUGGACCACUUCUCUUGAGAAAAAGAGACUGAAAGGUGAUCUUACAGGUUUUGACAAAAUGCUUCUACGUGAGAUGAGAGUGGCAGAAUGUAACAAAGGACAUUGUUAUUGGAUGGGUGCCCAAGAUUCCAUUGGGGAAUUUAGAAGAAAUUUCAUUACACAAGUGUGGUGAUGAUGUGGAACUUUUACCUGAAGAGAGUAGUCGAGGUGAAUAUUAUACAGUGGAUGCAUUUAAGAGGUGCCUGGACAAGCACGUGACCGAGAAAAGAAAUGACAGAUGCACUAAUAGAUCUAGAUGAGGAAAAAUGGGUAGCAAUUUUGCCAGCAUGUUCUUAUUGGAUUGAAUUCCCUGUUCUGUUCCAUAUAUUCUCUAUUUUUAAAAAUCUUUUAAUACUGCAUUGUAUCACAACUUCAAAUUAGACAUUUUUUGCAAGUGGUGAUCCAAUUAAAAGGUACUUAAAUUUAUAAGGGAUCUAGAAAACUAUCUCCUCUGGUAAGGGAGUUUAAAUUUAUAUUUAAAAAAAUAAAGCACUUCUUCACACAACCCCAGAAGUUACCUUGCUUCUCUAAAAAGCUGAACUUAUCAAUUAAAAUUGAUUUUUAUUAAGCUAAAGCGAGUAAAGUAUAUAGAACCAAGAACUUAGAUGGAGUUGAGGUACAGAUUAGCCAUGAACUCAUACAUUUUCUGUGAUUAUAAGGUUAUUAGCAGUUUCACUGCAUGAGCUGCAAAUUGAUUCAUAUCAAAAUACUAAGCCUUUCUCGGCAGAUCUGUUUCCAUCAUCUAAAUCCAAAUCAUCAAACUUGUUUUUGUAGAACUGUGGCUUAUCUUUGUAACAACUUCUGAAUCUGUUUAAUGUUUCUUAAAUAAUGCUUCUUUCAAGAUCUCUUUUAAUUUCCUUGUCGUGCUCUGCAGCACAGUCUCCUCAAGCAUGCAUGAUGCUUUACUAAAACUUAUUUUGUCAGCUGUGAUACAUUAAAAAAAAUCAGAGUG